GUCAUGCAUUUCUAUCCUAAGGCCUCGACCAAAUGAGCGAGACUUCUUUGAUGCCGUAUAUCAGAGGACAGAGGGGGAUGCUCCUAGGUAUGCGAUGCUGCAGAAUAUGAUCCAGCCUGAACCAGAGGAUGGAAGACCUUACGAUCCUGAGGCAGAGGCUGUUGCGGUGGCUGAGAUAGCCGUUGAGGCUGGCAUAUUUGUGGAGGAUGCCCCGACAGAGUCUGCUCCAGAUACUAGUACAGAACCUACUUCUGCUCCUGCUCCUGCUCCUGGGGCUUAUGAGGAGGUGUUGGGUGAGAUAGCCAGACUAUCAGGUGCAGUGGACGAUGUUAAGGCCACUCUAGGUAUCGUCCUUAAAAAUCAAGAAGUCAUAUUAGAGAAGCUGGCAACACUAGGUGGUAUACCUACUCCUGCACAUACUCAUGCACCCACUCCAACUGAUGAUGUAGAGUACGACAUUCUCCCCUCAUGUUACGAGCCUUCUGUUGGAGAAGCCACACCUUCUCAGCCAGUGCAGACGGUCUUAGGUAAGCGUACUAGACAGAGACCAGUAAGGUACGAGGACUAUACUCCAGCAGCCAAGAAACCAAAGUUCAAGGACCCAGUUACGAUCCUUCCUUUAAAGGUGUUGGAUCAAGAUAUGUUGACAACUUUUAACCGAUGGGUACUCGGUGAGAUUGAUAACAGCAGACCGAGGAAGUUGGAAUGUUGUGAUGGGACCCCUGUUUGGUUCUUGAAGUUGAAGGUGGCAAAAGAAUGGUUGGCAGAAACUCAUCUCGACGCUGCGAAUUAUCUUAUACGGAGACGUCUUUUUGAGUUGCCGAAGACGUACCCCGUGAAAGCCACCGUACUUGAUUCAUCAUUUGCACAAUAUAUUCCCGCCAGAUACGAGGAAUUCAAGAAAAAUGCCUUGGGGUGA